AUUGGAUCGCGGUGAAUGCCGUAGCACAUCCAUCAUUGCGCAUCACUUACUCUCAGAGCUUGUUAUAUUAAAAUCACCAUGUCCUCUCACUUUCCCGUGGCCAGCACGGCUCUUUCAAUUCCUCAUCUACCGCGGUAGAUCUUCUCCUUCUUCUCUUUAGUACGACAUUGGUGUCAGCGUUUUACUGGUUUAUUUCAACACCACCCUUUUUGUUGUCUUGCCGUUGGUGGCUAUCAAUCAACAACGAACCAACCAACGCCAAGUUCAUGUUAUUGCUUUUUUCUACGAAUUGCAUAUCAAAGAGACAUCGACAAUUUCUGUGGCUUUCUCUUUCGCAUUGUCUUUUCGGCAUCAGCGUCGACGUUGCAUUGUGGCUUGCUACUCUCUUCGGCACUCACUCAUCUCGCGUCUUACGUUACAGAGCGUCGCUUGAUGAAGACACCAAUUCGGUAUUCGGCGUCUUCUCCAACUGAGACAUCGCGAGUAUUCCCAAUACAAGAAACAGAGCCACCAAGACAAGUCCCUACACCUACUACCGUGACAUCGUGUCACACUUCGCUGAAGCAUUACCAGCCAACUCUUCAGUGCAGACAUGUGUCGAAUGAUGAUUUUCAGAGGACAUUGCACGUGUUGCGACCAGCCUCAGACUUGGGUUGACUUGACCCAAGAACUGUCAUGCCUUGAGGCCAAGAACAACGGAUGGUUCGGUGGAUGUCGGCGAGGUAUCCUUGUCGAAGAGCAUGAUUUCAACCAAGAAUGCCCCGUAUGUCAUGAGGAAGACGAGGGCAUUGGAGGCUUAGAUGAAAGUCACAUAAUGCCACUUCAACAGACAUCACAAACACAAAGCAGCCUCGGCAAGAGAGCAGCCGGGGACCGAGGAGAAUCCAGCGAUGGCUCCAAGAAACAGAAGACUUGAACAAAGCGCACACUUAUCGGCGUUGGGUUUGCUUUUAGGAACCAGGCAUAAUGGGACGGGCAGGUUGAUUUUCGACUGACUUAUCGACGACCAACAUAUACACCAUCUAUAAUGAGAAGGGCGAGAACAGUGGUAAUGAAUAAUGAACAAGCAAGUUCAGGAUCGUCGAGGAAACCAUAUUCAACGAAUGUAAUAUAGUUAUCUAUGGGUUCAAUAAUGUCUAUUAUAUCUACACACAAGAAUGAAUACCUAAUUUAAAACUCUUUCCCUUGCCAAGUCUCUUGAGCAGCCUUCCAGUAUCUAUCAGCAUCAACUCUGACAUGAGCGACAUGGGCACCUCCAGCAAACUUCUCUGUUCUAACAACAGCGCCAUUGUCCUUUGCUUGUUGAGCAUGUGAUUCAACAUCCUCCCAACCAACUGAGAGGUCUGCAUCUCCGUAAAGGUAUGCCCGCAUAGUCUCCCGGCUGAUUCUCUCAGGCGUAUUGAGAGCCGAGGCAUAGGCAGUAUGCGGUUCCACACCUAACCAUAGUUUGUAGUAGACCCAUGCAAAACCCAGAAAUACCCAGACAAGGGGAGACAAAAAUGGUGGGAAUCCGGUUGAGAGGACAUGGUGAUCUCGUUUCCAGUGGAAGUAUCCGGGACAUGAGUCCAUCACGACAGCAUGUCGCGGAAUUGGUUUGCCGCCUAGUGAAGUUUCCCACAUCUCCCAAAGCGUGGCAGCAGAACUGACACCACCAUUGGAAAAUAUAUGGAUGAGAAAGCUGGGUGCAUCUUCUUGUCCGUUAUUGACAGACUGCAGAAUUGGUAAAGCUGACUCGAAUAGACGACGUCGUAGAGCUGGUUGAAUAUAUAGCUUGGUAGAAGCGCGGAAGAGGAGUAUGGCAGAUGCUAGGUAGAGCUCGCGAUACUGAGAGAUGUACUUUGCUAUAUGAAUAUCGCGAGCUUCCGACCAAGAAAGAAUGAUAAUGAGUGGAGGAUCACCAGAAGUUGUGGUUUUGGGAGUCGUUGGUGUUGACUCAGCGGGCCGAAAAUAUGAUACGGCUGGACUAAGAACAUCCAUGAAAGCCAACGGUGAUGCCUUGGAGGUUGCCAUGAUGAGGCCUUGAUUGAGCUGUUCUGGGUCUGGAUGAUAAACAGGCUUUGGAUUUGGUCCGGCGAG